AUGGAGGAAAACAUGGUCGAGAAUUCCACACAGCUCAGCACCACCAAGAAGUCACUGAGCAACUCACGUCGUAAACUCUCAAAGAUCAAUCAAGAGCUAUUGAUGCUCAGCGAUGAAAACUACAACGAAUCGAUCGGUGCCAAUGCACUAAACAAGCGAAAAUCAGUUGAUCUAUCAGAACUUUCAAAGAUGAUACAAGACUAUGAUGAAGAACAAGAAGCAGCAUCAGCAUCGUCAUCGACAACACCAAUAAACUCACCAUUCAAACCGACAACAAGAAGAGAUAGAGGAAAGUCAACUCCACCACCUGUUAACAAUAAUAGUAAUGAAUCAAAUGUUAUGGUGGUUGAAUCACCAAGAACAACAACAACAACAACAUUGGCAGCAUCAAUUAGUAAUGAACAACUAGAGGAUAUGUUGGAGAAAGCACGUUCCGCUAAUAUUGGAUAUCGUCUUCACAUUCAGUUUUUGAGUAAGGAGUUGAAGAUGUUGGAGAAGGACAUGCAGCAACAGAAGGAAUUCAACGAUUCACUGGUGACGAGAUUGAAUUUGGAUUUAGAAGAUGCGAGAAGAAUGAACAACAGAAUCAGAAAGGUAUUCCUAGAGAGAUUUGCAAAGGAAGAGGAUUCCAUCUUCUUGGACUACUAUACACUCACCGAUAAAUUCCAUCCAACAAUCAACCUAUCGAUACAAACAGAGACGACAUCAUCUAUAUUUUCACCUUCAUUCGGAUCUUCGACACCACCAUCAUCUUUAUCGUCAUCAUCAUCAUCAUCAACCAUCAAUCAUUAUAACAAUGUAAAUAUAAACAUUAACAAUCAUAAUAAUAAUCAUAACAGUAAUAAUAAUCAUUUAGACAAUAAUAGUAAUAAUAAUAAUAAUCAUAUUAAUGGAAAGAAUAAUAAUAAUAAGAAAGAUAGUAAUUUUAAUAAUAAUAACUUUGAUAGUAGUCUACAUGAAACACAAGAGAUAUUUAAUAGUAUUUAUAGUGUAAAAUCAAAUAAAAACAAUAGUAAUAAUAGUAGUGAUAAUAAGUUAAAUAAGAGUAAUAGGAAUAGUGGUAGUGGAAGUGGAUUUAAAUCACCUACAACAUCAAAUUCGAAUUCACCAUCGAAUUCACCAACAACAGGUAGAAGACAAUUACAAAGUUCGUUGAAUUCAUCAUCAGCAGCAUCGCCUUUGACAACGUCCACCAACAAACUAUCAUCAUCAUCAUCAUCAUCGUCCACCACUAGUGCUCAGUAUCAAUGUACUACAUGUACAAUGAUGUUUUGUUCCAGUUGCAUUAAUACAAAAACUAAAACUUGUAACAUUUGUAAUAUUCCCAAUAAAUAA